UUUACCAAAUAAAAAUUUUACAAGAUUCUGGUUGAGUACCUAAUGUCACCAAACAUUAGUGUCUGGAUCUUUAUUUGUCUGGUUUGUUAGCACUCUGUGGAUGCAAGUUGACCAACAAACAUGCGUUUAAGAAACUAGGGUUUGGUGAAGUUUCCUGCCUAACCGUGCAACUGACGUUUUUGGCGCGAAGUUUUUUUACACAUCGAUCUCCUGGUACUGGUAAACAUAAACAUGGGAUCAUAUUGGAGUUCAGAAGUAAAAAACGACCCUGAAAGUUAUGAAAGCUAUAAAUCAACCGAUGAAAAACAGGAAGAACAGUUAGAUCUCGCUCGAAAUAAAUCACAGCUGUCAAAACCUACUAAAGAGAACGUUGUACGGUACAGCUCUGAGGAGAAAAGUACAAAUGAUAGUAAGAGAUUGUCUUCUAAAUCUUGUGCUUGGGAGAUUAGCUUGGAUGGGUUCACAGUUCCAAAAAAGAAGAAGAAAAUACCCAAGCAGUUUAUAUCCAAAUCUAGCAAGAUGGGAGGGUCACAUGAUAGGGUUGAGGAUGCAAAGAGCAUUGAGAGAUACAAGAGUGAUGUUAUGAUUGUCACACCAGAAGGGAUGGCAGAGAGAAAGGUGUUGGAUCUCAGACGAUGGUAUUGCAUGAGUCGGCCUCAGUAUAAAAAGUCAUGUGGAAUAUCAUCACUCGUGUCCUGUUGGAAUUUUAUCUUCAGUACUCUUGGAUCUGGAAACCUUAGGCCGAUAUCACAAGAAGAAGUCAUGACAAUUCUUGGAUUCAAGCCUCCAUUUGGUGAGAUUCGAUUUGGGCCUUUCACCGGGAAUGCUACACUUAUGAGGUGGUUUCGCAAGCUCUGUGAACACUUCAAUGUUCGUGGAAGGGCGUAUUAUCUUUAUAAGCCAAAAGGGCGUGGUCGCACUAUUGGAACUACUGGAGAUGAGGCAUUGAUCAAGUUAAAGGAUGGUCUCCGAGGCUCUGAUACUGCUUACAUAUAUCACUGCCAUAAUCAUUACUUUUGUCCCAUUGGCUAUGAGGACACACCCAAAACGUCACUGGAAGCCUACAGAUUGAGCCUUGCUGCAAAUGAGGUGAUCACAUGGAUACUAAUAGGUGACCCAAGCUCCAAGCAUUCUGCCAUCCACUGCAAGAGAUGGAUUGACAUUGAUACAGACUUGAACUGUGAAAACCCAUACCACAUGAAUAUACGACAGCUGCACAAAGGCAUCCAGGAGCGCAACACCAAGAAGGUGGGCAGCAACUUGCACUGCAUCAUGGCAUUCCAGAGGAGCAAGUGGCAGGGGAGGGGUGGAGUUUUGGAAAAGGAGAAAUCAGUAGAGGACAUAAGGGAGGCAAGCGAAGAAAGUGAACAGAACUCCACAGAUGAGAGUGAAUCGGAUAACUGAAGGUUUAUACCAAAGUCUUCCCAUAUUCUAGCCAUCUAACAUGUAUUUAUAGAAUGGAUAUGAAAGUCCAGUUGUCUUUGUUUUUUUUUAUUUGACACCAUACGUUAGUGCUAACAUGAGGCCUUUAAUAUAGAGUGUACGAAGGUUCCCAUUACUGUAAAUAUGUGUGUAUAUAUCAAAAGUAAUAUAUAGAUUAAUGCAUUAUAAGUCCAAUAGAGCCUUUGGUGUUUUAUUUGAUGUAAACAAAUUUGCACCUUGGUAGUGUAUUUUGUAAAUUAACUUGAAGUAGACUGAAAGGGGGAGGGUGUCAGUGAAGGUUUCAAGCAGGUAGAUGUGGGGGCGCAAUGGCAUUAACUGCUGUGCAGUAGACUAGAUACUGUACACCUAGUCGUAACAAGCAUUGGUUAAAACCUAGGCAAUGAUUUACUAUAAUCCCCACACUCAGAAGAACGCUGCACAUUUAUUCACACAACAAGACUGUUUACAAUAUUAGGCAUAUCGAUGGAGGAAACUGAGUGUAGGGCAGGAGAUUAUUUGUAGAACUCAUGUUCUUGUUCGUCUUUCUUGACGUUGUUUUUAUAUCCUUUCUCAAAGUCCUUUGCCAGGAUAAUGUAUCUGUUUUCCCGCACUGCCUGCAUACCAGCCUGAAAAUAACACAGGUGUUAUAAAGCACACUACAGCAAGGGUAGUAGGGACAUUUUACUUUAUUUGCCUAUCACCACAUUUAAAAUCCAUAAAUUCCACCACAACAAAUUAUGCUGUCACUAAUGUUUCAAGAUCAUGCCUUAUAAAACACUUGAAUCAGACCACAAUAGCUGAUGCUGUCACUAGUCUGUAUAACAAGCCUCAUAAGCCUCCCCUGGAAUCAAACCACAACUGGUGCUGUUGCUAGUGUGAUCCAGGCUAAAGGGUAAAUAAAGAUAGUUGCUCAGCCUUGCA